CAACUUUCAGUUGAGUUUCUGCGGCGCUACGUGCUGCAAGCGUGCGGUCGAUUGAGCAAAUCCAUCUUGGAGCUUGGAGCAAAGGAUACUUCCUUCAUCAAUUGUGGUGUGACACAUAGAACUGACUCAAGUGAACAGUGUCCAGCGAGUUGCUCGGUUCAAGUAAUUCAAUAUGUAUUUACCGUACUCGCAAUUGCCGGAUCCGACCGACAAAUUCGAGAUCUACGAGGAGAUUGCGCAGGGCGUCAAUGCCAAGGUGUUUCGAGCCAAGGAAUUGGACAAUGAUCGCAUCGUUGCACUGAAGAUACAGCACUAUGAUGAGGAGCACCAGGUGUCCAUUGAGGAGGAGUAUCGCACGCUGCGCGACUAUUGCGCCCAUCCCAAUUUGCCCGAAUUCUAUGGCGUCUACAAGCUAUCGAAGCCCAAUGGACCCGACGAGAUCUGGUUUGUCAUGGAGUAUUGCGCCGGCGGCACCGCCGUGGACAUGGUCAACAAGCUGCUCAAGCUGGACCGUCGCAUGCGGGAGGAGCACAUUGCGUACAUUAUCAGGGAAACCUGUCGCGCAGCCAUCGAGCUGAAUCGCAACCAUGUGCUGCACCGCGACAUACGUGGCGACAACAUUCUAUUGACCAAGAACGGACGCAUUAAGCUCUGUGACUUUGGGCUAUCGCGUCAGGUGGACUCGACGCUGGGCAAGCGGGGCACCUGCAUUGGGUCGCCCUGCUGGAUGGCACCCGAGGUGGUGAAGGCCAUGGAGGCCCGUGAGCCGGACAUAACCGUGCGUGCCGAUGUCUGGGCCCUGGGCAUAACCACCAUUGAGCUGGCCGACGGCAAGCCACCGUUUGCCGACAUGCAUCCUACACGGGCGAUGUUCGCAAUCGUCCGAAAUCCGCCGCCCACCCUGACACGCCCCACCAACUGGUCGCAGCAAAUCAAUGACUUUAUUGCCGAGUGCCUGGAGAAGAAUGCCGAGAAUCGUCCGAUGAUGGUGGAGAUGGUGGAGCACCCGUUUCUCACCGAGCUUAUCGAGAACGAAGACGAAAUGCGCUCGGAUCUCGCCGAGAUGCUGGAGCUGGCAAGCGACGUGAAGACGCUGUACAAGGAGCCCGAACUGUUCGUGGAUCGCGGCUAUAUUAAGCGCUUCGAUGAGAAACCGGAACGCAUGUAUCCCGAGGACCUGGCAGCCAUAGACAAUCCAACGGACGAGAGCAUACUCGACUCGCUGCGCAAUCGCAUGGAAAUGGGCGAGUCCUACAGCUUCAUUGGCGACAUACUGCUCUCGCUGAACUCGAAUGAGCUCAAGCAGGAGUUUAGCAAUGAUUUUCAUGCCAAAUACAAGUUCAAGUCGCGCUCGGAGAACCAGCCGCAUAUCUUUUCUGUGGCAGACAUCGCCUAUCAGGACAUGCUGCACCACAAGGAGCCGCAGCACAUUAUCUUUUCCGGGGAGAGCUACUCGGGCAAGUCGACCAAUGCCCGUCUGCUGAUCAAGCAUUUGUGCUAUCUGGGCGACGGGAAUCGGGGCGCCACAGGGCGCGUCGAAAGCUCCAUUAAGGUCAUACUGAUGUUGGUGAAUGCCGGGACACCGGUUAACAACGACUCCACCCGCUGUGUGCUGCAGUAUUGCCUGACCUUCGGCAAGACCGGCAAGAUGAGUGGGGCCGUCUUCAACAUGUACAUGCUGGAGAAGCUGCGCGUGGCCACCACCGAUGGCAGCCAGCACAACUUUCAUAUCUUCUACUAUUUCUAUGAUUACAUCAAUCAACAGAAUCAGCUGAAGGACUACAACCUGAAGGCCGAUCGCAACUAUCGCUAUCUGCGCAUACCCCCGGAUGUGCCGCCAUCGAAGCUCAAGUAUCGUCGCGACGAUCCCGAGGGCAACGUUGAGCGCUAUCAGGAAUUUGAGACCAUUUUGCGCGACUUGGACUUCAGUCACAAGCAGCUGGAGACGGUGCGAAAGGUGCUCGCCGCCAUUCUCAAUAUCGGCAACAUUCGCUUCCGUCAAUCGGGCAAAUACGCCGAGGUGGAGAACACCGACAUUGUCUCCCGCAUCGCCGAGCUGUUGCGCGUCGAUGAGAAGAAGUUCAUGUGGUCGCUGACCAACUUCAUAAUGGUAAAGGGCGGCAUUGCCGAGCGGCGACAGUAUACGACGGAGGAGGCACGCGAUGCUCGGGAUGCUGUCGCCUCCACUCUCUACUCGCGUCUGGUUGACUUUAUCAUCAAUCGGAUCAACAUGAAUAUGUCCUUCCCACGCGCCGUCUUUGGUGAUACGAAUGCCAUCAUCGUCCACGAUAUGUUCGGCUUUGAGUGCUUCCACCGCAAUGGCCUGGAGCAGCUCAUCAUCAACACGCUGAACGAGCAAAUGCAGUACCACUACAAUCAGCGCAUCUUCAUUAGCGAAAUGCUGGAAAUGGAGGCCGAGGACAUCGAUACCAUCAAUCUGAACUUUUAUGACAACAAGACGGCUCUAGACAAUCUGCUGACCAAGCCCGAUGGACUGUUCUAUAUCAUAGACGAUGCAUCACGCUCCUGUCAGGAUCAGGACUUGAUUAUGGAUCGCGUUUCGGAAAAGCACAGCCAGUUCGUGAAGAAGCACACUGCCACUGAGCUAUCCGUGGCCCAUUAUACGGGCCGCAUCAUUUACGAUACGCGCGCAUUCACUGACAUCAAUCGGGACUUUGUGCCGCCGGAGAUGAUCGAAACGUUCCGCUCCUCGCUGGACGAGAGCGUCAUGCUCAUGUUUACCAAUCAGUUAACCAAAGCCGGCAAUCUGACCAUGCCCUUUGAGGCCAUACAGCAUAAGGACGAGACUGAGCGCAGAUCAUACACUCUAAACACGCUCAGCGCUGGCUGCAUCUCGCAAGUGAACAAUCUGCGCACCAUGGCCGCCAACUUCCGUUUCACCUGCCUGACCCUGCUCAAAAUGCUCAGCCAAAACGCGAACCUGGGCGUGCACUUUGUGCGCUGCAUUCGCGCCGAUCUGGAGUACAAGCCGCGUGCCUUCCACUCGGACGUUGUGCAGCAACAGAUGAAGGCGCUGGGCAUUCUCGACACGGUCGUGGCGCGACAACGUGGCUACUCCACACGCUUGCCCUUCGAGGAGUUCCUCAAACGAUAUCAGUUUUUGGCCUUUGACUUUGAUGAGACGGUUGAGAUGACCAAAGACAAUUGUCGUCUGUUGUUCUUGCGCCUCAAGAUGGAGGGCUGGGCACUGGGCAAGACCAAGGUCUUUUUGCGCUACUACAACGAUGAGUAUCUGGCCAGGCAAUACGAGCUGCAGGUGAAAAAGGUCAUCAAGGUGCAGUCGAUGAUGCGUGCCCUGCUCGCACGCAAGCGUGUCAAAGGCGGCAAGGUCUUCAAAUUGGGCAAGAAGGGACCCGGCCAGCACGACGAGGCCGCCAGCAAAAUACAAAAAGCUUUUCGUGGUUUCCGAGACCGUGUCCGCUUACCGCCAUUGGUGAAUGAGAAGUCCGGGCAGCUCAAUCAGAAUACGGCGGAUUUCAUUCGACCCUUUGCUAAGAAAUGGCGCGAGAAAUCCAUCUUUCAGGUGCUGCUACACUAUCGAGCUGCUCGCUUCCAGGACUUUGUCAAUCUAUCGCAACAGGUGCACAUUUACAAUCAACGCAUGGUGGCUGGCCUCAACAAGUGCACGCGAGCGGUGCCCUUCGAGCGAAUCAAUAUGCGUGAGGUGAACUCUUCGCAGCUGGGCCCGUUGCCCGUGCCCAUCAAGAAGAUGCCGUUCCGCUUGGACCAGAUACCGUUUUACGACACCCAAUAUAUGGUGGAUCCGGCCAAUUCGAUCACGCGCCAAACCUUUCCGAAUCACCUACUGUUACAGCAGACGGAGGAUGACGAGCCCUGGGAUAGUCCAUUGCAGCGCAAUCCCUCAAUGACCUCGUGCUUGCUGACCUACAAUGCGUAUAAGAAGGAGCAGGCCUGCCAGACGAACUGGGAUCGCAUGGGCGAGAGCGAUAACAUCUACAAUCAAAACUACUUCCGGGAUCCACAGCAGCUGAGAAGGAAUCAAAUGCAAAGGAACAUGAAUGCCUAUAACAAUGCUUACAACAAUAACUACAACAGCAGCAACUAUCAGAACGCCAAUUGGGGAGUUUAUCGAUCCGGAUCGCGUCGCAAUUCCUUAAAGGGUUAUGCGGCGCCGCCGCCGCCGCCACCGAUGCCAUCCUCGAAUCAGUAUCGCAAUAAUCCCAGCCAGCAGCAACGGAACUACCAGCAACGCUCCUCAUAUCCGCCCUCGGAUCCGGUGCGGGAGCUGCAAAAUAUGGCGCGUCGCAACGAUGACGAUAACUCUGAGGAGCCACCAUUUAAUUUUAAGGCCAUGCUGCGCAAGACUAACUAUCCGCGGGGCUCCGAGACGAGCACCUACGACUUCCACAAUCGCCCCGGCUGGGACAACAACGACCAGCAGCAGCAGCACACAUUCCAGGCACCAAAGCUACGGUCGACGGGUCGACGCUACGACGAAGAUGGCCAGAACUCCAACCACAACCAGAACUCCGGCAACUAUGGCGUGUCGCGCAAUUUCGGCCAGCGGGCCCCGCCGUUGCGCCAGACGCCGGCGAGCGUAGGACGCAGCUUCGAGGACAGCAAUGCGCGCUCCUUCGAAGAGGCCGGCUCAUACGUUGAGGAGGAGAUUGCACCGGGCGUUACGCUCUCGGGCUAUGCUGUUGACAUUUAAAGUACAUUAAUUAAUGAUCUACUCAUAUUGUGACGUGCGAGAUAUUCUAAUUAAUUAAUUGUAGCAAUAAACUUGAGUUCAGCAAAA